AUGUCCACCCGCUUCCUUCGACAUGUUCACACAGAUCGUCCCAGCCUUGUCUGUAUAAACAGCUACAUCUCUAAUGUACCCUCUUCCCACUCCCAACUUCGUCAUGUCGGUACGCUCUUUAUGGCAGAGAAACAUUGCUCCACCAGGGCAUUGCGUGUCAUUCAGCCUUACAUUUCGGAGAGGACCUUACUCCUUGGACCUGGAUAUAGAGGCGGGACGCGCAAGGGAUUGGAUCUCACAAUAAGCGGCAUCACUCCCACUGAAUCACGUUAUUUUCCUUCAAGUUCUCAUCCUGACUCUUACGGUGGCGUCCUUUUACGCACCCUCCGUGACUUGAACUCUGGAAAAAUCAUUUCGGGUCCAUCUCUCCUUGUGGAUCAUAUCCUACAGCUCCGCCGGGUGGAAAUAAUUCCACAAUCCCCUUGCAUCAGCCUAGAUCUCUCCCAUCCUGUCGCCACGGCUUCUUCCACUCACCCUCGAGUAGGUUUCAUUUCCCGGCCUUACCGCUACUUUGUUCAUCCCGAGAGGUUGACGGCAAAUGGGCGAGCGCAGACACUGCUCGGCGUUCUUCCCCAGAAGGAGCUCUCCGGAUUAAAAGACAAGACCCUGAACGCGUAUCUGGCGGAAUAUCAGGCUGGUAUCGAUAGAAAGGCCAAGCUGGAGGAAUUAAUGGGUGCGCGUCAGAGAGGUAUCUCAUCGUCCCCGACAAAGUACAUGAAAUUGAUGGGCUGUAUUGAAUACCUGAAAGCUGUCAAGUCUGCAGCUGGUGAUGAUGAUGGAGCGAACUGA